AUGUCCACCAAUGUCGGGUUUACAAGCUGCAACACUGGCGACCCUGCAUCUGAUGUCAUGAACAUCCACAGCGCCGCAGCCCCGAGCACCACAUCCUUUGACGAGAAAAGUCCUCCCCAUGUGGACGAGAAGUUUGACAGAGAGGCCGCACCAGAGCCGCCAGAGGAUGCGUACCGAGUAGCAUCUACAGUGGCGCCAUCUCAGAGGUCAAUCCGAAGAGACCCUAUGAGUCGGGUGACGACAGACGCCGAGGGGAACACCUAUCCGGAGGGUGGUCUCGAAGCCUGGUUGGUAGUGCUGGGCAGCUUCCUCGGUCUUUUCGGAUCCCUGGGACUGGUCAACACGAUUGGUACUUUCCAGGCAUACCUCCAAACCCACCAACUGAAAGAGCACAGCUCAGGAACCAAUGGCUGGAUCUUUGGGAUGUUCGCUUUCCUCACUUUCUUCUGCGGAGUGCAAGUCGGUCCCAUCUUCGACGCUCGGGGCCCGCGCCUUCUGGUCUUCAUCGGUUCCGUGUUUGAAAUGGCCAUGAUCAUUCUUCUCGGUUUCUGCACUCAAUACUGGCAUUUUAUGCUGGUCAUCGGUGUCCUGGGUGGAGUAGGAGCUUCUCUUAUCUUCACUCCCGCCAUCUCCGCGAUUGGCCAUUACUUCUACGAGAAACGUGGUUUGGCAACUGGCAUUGCUGCCACCGGUGGAUCCGUCGGGGGCAUCGUUUUCCCUCUCAUCCUAGAAGAUCUCUUCCCCAAGAUCGGCUGGGCCUGGGCCACCCGGGUUGUUGCGUUGAUCUGUCUGAUUGUACUAUCGAUUGCAAACCUUCUGAUCAAGUCCCGACUCCCGCAGAAGCCCUUCUCCAAGGAAAAUGUGCUCCCCGACUUCCGAAUUUUCCGAGACCCGCGAUUCGCACUCACAACUGCCAGCGUCUUCUUCAUUGAGUGGGGUCUCUUCGUGCCAAUCAGUUACAUCUCAUCAUACGCCCUCGAUCAAGGCUUCUCAUCCAAGUUCUCGUAUCAAAUCAUCGCCAUCUUGAAUGCCGGCUCAUUCUUCGGACGAGGGCUGCCCGGUUUCUUUUCCGAUUAUCUUGGUCGUUUUAACACUUUGAUUGCGACGGUCGCGCUCUGCUUGCUUUGCAAUGCCUGUCUGUGGCUUCCUGCCGGGAACAGCAAGGCCUUGCUUAUCGUUUAUUCUGCACUGUUUGGUUUCGCAAGCGGCAGCAAUAUCAGCUUGACACCCGUCUGUGUCGGCCAACUCUGCAAAACCGAGAAUUAUGGUCGCUACUAUGCAACUGCCUACACUAUAGUGAGCUUCGGCUCACAUUUUCUCGCCACCAGCACCCUCACCGGUAUCCCUAUUGCAGGAGAGAUUUUGGCGCGCUGCAAUGGUUCCUACUGGGGAUUGAUUACUUUUACCAUCUGCUGCUACGGGGCUGGCCUUAUCUGCUGCACCGCUGUGAAGGUCAUCCAGGUUGGCUGGCGUCACCCUCUUGCGAUCUACUAA